GUUUAUCACCUCGUAAAAUUUAAAUAACAGGCUGAUAAUAAAAAUGUCUUAAAGGCUGUGGCCUUUGGUCUUUCAUACUCUUUGCACUUAAAGUUUCAAUGACAACAAAAUCUGUUCUGCUAUAAAUUUGCAUUAAAUAGCUUAGUAUUAUUAACUUAUUUUAAAAAUGUCUCCUGUAUUUCUGCCUACUCAAGUUUUUAAAGAAGCAAAGAAAAACAAGAUGCAAGGAAAAGCUGGAAGGGUUGUUACAUCUUGGAAUCAAUUUGCUAGUAAUCUAAGAGAGGCAUUUCAUUUGUAUGUAUCGGAAAAACAAACUGAGCUAAAUUUAUUAUUGGAAGAAAUCCCACGAGAAAUACGAAAGGCGUUACCACUGAAGUCAUCUCUUUUAGCCAUAUCUCCAUAUUUGAUGUAUCUAAUUCUUUAUAGUAAUUAUAUGCGAUUUCGUGUAUUGACUGGAUUGGAAGAAUUGCGCAAACCAAAUAUUACAUUUCUACCUUGGUUAGAGUAUUUGAUAUUUCAUUUCUAUCCUCACCGAUUUUUGUCAAACUUUGCAUCCCCUGUUUUAGAUUUUUUAGCUGCAAUACCGUAUCUUAUCCAUUUCCCACUACCAGCUUUAUUUUUAAUUUAUUUAUUAAUUGCUGAAAAUCGUAGAAAAUAUAUUUUUUCAUUCCUCUGGUGUGCAGGAUGGGUCAACCUAGUGACUAUAAUCAUACAGUUAAUUUUUCCUACUGCUCCUCCUUGGUUUGUUGAUAGUGCUGUAUUUGAUAAUGAAGGCCACUUCAUUAAAUCUAUUUCCAAUGAAGCUGGUUUCCAUCGCUUAGAUGCACUACUAGGUCAUAACAUUUUCCAUGGAAUAUAUUCUGCUUCACCUCUUAAAUUUGGUGCUUUCCCAUCUCUACAUGUAGCUUGGCCUGCAAUUAUACUAGUAAAUGAGCCAUGGAUCAGUAAAAGGUUUGCAUGGUUUCACAUGAUAUGGAUAUCGUGGGCAGCUAUGUAUUCUAACCACCAUUAUGCUGUUGAUGCAUUAGGAGGAAUUCUUUUAGUAUUUAUUGUGAACUUUUCAAUGAUUAAAAUUUGGAGUCCUUUUCACUCCUCUAGUCAAUUAAAGGAUUUUAUAGUGCGUACACUUUACCUUAAAAGAACCGUAGAUGCCCAUAUUCUUAGAGAACUGUAGUCUUUUAAUUUAGAUAAUAAUUUAUUUAUUUAA